GAUAUUUGCUUUAAAAUUGUGACCAAUGCAGUUGUUUUAACAAUGGAGAACGUUUUUCGAACAAAUUUCAUUUCUUUGAAGUACAUCAAUGGAAGGGAACAUCAAAUGCUAUGAAGACACUUCCCAAAGAUUUGUACAUAAAUACCGCUACAAUCCCCAACGCAGGCAGGGGUGUUUUUACAAAGAAAAAAGUUGAAAUUAACACUCGUUUUGGACCAUACAGAGGAGAGGUACUUUCGCUUAAAGACGCAGAGGAUGGAAGGGAUCCUGCGUAUAUGUGGGAGAUUGUACAAGGAGGAAAGGUUGUAUAUUGCAUUGAUGGUAAGGAUCUUGCUCAAGGUAAUUGGAUGAGAUUUGUGAAUUGUGCAAGAUUUGAAGAAGAACAAAACAUAAUUGCAUAUCAAUAUAAUGGAGAAAUUUACUACCGAGUUUAUAAAGAGAUUGAAGCCGAUAAAGAAUUGCUUGUUUGGUAUGGAGAUGAGUAUGCUGAACAGUUGAGAAUAUCC